UGCGGCUUUCCAAUUGACAGCAUUGAGCGAAAGACAGAGACUGCUGGAUGUAUUUGCCCCCACACUGAGGCAAAAGUAGUGAACCCUACUACAGGAGAGAUCGUGCCUCUGGGUGCUCAGGGAGAGCUGAUGAUCAGGGGAUACUGCGUGAUGCUGGAAUACUGGAAAGAUGAUGAAAAGACCCAGGAGUGCAUCACAAAAGAUUGCUGGUACAAGACUGGUGACAUUGCCAGUUUGGACGGGUACGGAUACUGCAAAAUAGAUGGUCGCAUCAAGGACUUGAUCAUCCGAGGAGGAGAAAACAUCUACCCUGCUGAAAUCGAACAGUUUCUGCACACACACCCUCAAAUUCAAGAAGCACAG